UUUUUUGAUUUAUAUCAUGUCAGAAGCUGCAGUUGUAGCCAAUUGUCUCUAAGUCUAUACAGAAUGUCUAAGAGAGCUUCUUCUUUUGGAGCUUGUCUUACCUUACUGGAAUCUACUAUAUGUACAACUUCUGAAUUCAAAAGUGAUUCAACAGUUGAAAACUUUUUCUUCUGAAUCUUUAGUUUUUAACAGUACCGAAAAAUCAGGAGUUCGCAUUAAAUUAUUGAAUCUGAUUGAUAAAGUUUUGCUAUUAGUCUUUCAAUAAAUAUCUUUUUGUCGAGAAAUUGUAUUGCUUUUGCUAGACUAAAUUUGUUCUGAAAGGUAAACUUUCGGAGCUUGUAUCAUCGAACAGUUGCUAAUACAAAUUGAGUAUUUGUACCGAUGAAGAGAAGAUUCACAUAUUAAGACUCGUUUACUAGCAAAUGCAAGCUUCUGCUCUAAAACAACAAGAUUUGACCGUCAAAAUAGAAAUUAUAAGUCUUUCAAUGCAUCUUUUACAUUGAUGUGAGUAGAGAAAUCGCCUAUUUUAAGGGAUAGUUUAUUUCAAACAUUAUUUGUCUUUGUUCUUCUUUUGACCAUUCUAACAAAACUAUACUAUUUUUCCUUAGGGUAUAAUUGAAAAUUCCAAUGAAUUAAACGAACAAUUUCGAAACUUUGAAGAAAAUAAUCAAAAAUCCAUCCUUAUAAUUAUUAUUGACGGUCGUAUUAAUCAACAACGUAUACAUAUUCCAUUUGUUCGACAAUUAAUUGAUAAAACUGAUCUUUCUUGUAAUAGAUCAUCCGAAAACCCAUCAAAAUUUUUCAUUAUUCUAAUGCAUUCAUCUGGACAAGAACUUAAUUAUAAAUCAUGUUUUCCUUCAGUAUUUUUACAUGAUUGGGAUUAUUGGUUUCUUGAUACUUCAACACCAGGUAGUGCAUUUCAUUUACAAAAAAUGUUACAAAUUUUUACAUCAAAAAUUGGUAUAAUUAAUCAAAACGAAACUUUAGAUGCUUCUCUUUAUGAUUUAAAUAUGCUUUUUGAUGAUUGUCUAUGGAAUUUUUGUUCUCGUUUACAAAUAAAUGUUCAUAAAUUAUCCGAAGAUAUGUUUCAUAAUGGAAAUGCAUACGAAUUUUAUCAACGUCAAACUACAACAUAUCGACGUGUACAAUGUUUGAAAAAUAUUUUACAAGAUGUUAAUGAAUUACAAAGAUAUAUUACAACAAUUUAUCAUGAAAAUGUUUCAAUGAAAGAAGAUUAUUUACGUAAAAAUUGUAAUUCAAUUUAUGAUUUAGCAAAAGAUACUUUAUGUGGAAAAAGUUUUACUGGUGUUGUUGAUUCCUUACAAUCACAUAUAAGAACAUCAUUUACUAAUUUUGUCUGCUAUAUUUUAAAAUAUGUUGUUGAUGAUUAUGGUUUAGAAUCUUUAACAAAAUUAUCAAUUAGAGAUAAUGAUUAUAGUAAAUUACUUGAAUUAAUUGAUUAUAAAUCAUUUUCUAUUAAUAAUGAUAACCAAACUACUCCUAUCAUGCAAAGAAUUUUAACAUUAAAUGAUCAUUAUUCGUGUAUUCCUCAAACACCAUUAUUUCAUGUAUUUCAACAACGUAUUAAAAUUUUAGCAGAUGAAAUCAAAUCGAAAUUAGUUAAUCAACAAAAUCAAUUUAAAGGUAUGAUAUUUUAG